AUGGGCAAAAACAAAACAUACCACAAGAAUCAGCUCGUCGAGCUCUACAAAUUGGUAUAUAUCCCAUUUAAAACUGAGACUCACACUUCGAUAUGUUCCCUCGUCAAUACAUUUUCACAUAUUCAAUUCAAGUUCUCGAGUGAAUUCAAUACACAUACUCGAAAAUAUUGUCGAGAUUAUAAAAGACCACACUAUCAUCAUCGAACAUUCGAAAUCAAUGUGAAGAAAAGCGGCAUCUAUGCUAUUUGGAGUCGAAGUGAAAUGGACACUUAUGGAUACAUUUACGAAGAUAAUUUUGAUCCAUUACAACCAUUCGGUAAUUUAAUCGCUCAACACGGUGGAAAAUGUAAUCAACAUCAAUUGAAAUUCUUCAUUCAUCUUCAAGAAAAUACAAAAUAUAUUUUAGUCGUAACAACAUUUUAUCCAAAUAGAAUUAGAAAUUUCACGAUAUUCAUAUCGAGUGACAAUCAUUUCAUUGUUGAUCAUUCUUUCGAUUCGAAACAGCGUUGUUGUUCACUUGGAGAUCGAUGUUAUUUUUAUUCGACGAAAGUUGGUUUGUCACUUGACGAUCUUUUACGUAGUGAAAAUCAAUCAUUGCCCGUUCAAAUAACUGCCGCUGUAACGAUUAUGAUAUUCAUCAUAGGAUUGAUCGACCGUCUUUUCUCUUGUUUAACAUUUACGAAUAGGAAAGUUCGACAAGUUGGAGGUGAAUUGUAUCUUUUGACAUCAUCGAUCGCUUCUCUUCUGACAAAUUCGAUGUUUUUCGUCAAUUUUUGCUUUACUCUUCUCACGCGGAUCAACGUAUCAACAAGUUAUUCGAUUCUUUCGUAG